AUGGAUGACUCGAGAGACCAGAAGCUUCAGCGUCUCCUCCAUGCCAUUGGUGCUGGGGCUGAUACCGACUUCGCCAUUCAGGUCUUGCAAGCCAAUAACUGGGACCUGCAGCUUGCCUUGAAUGUGAUCCUGGGAGAUGCGGCGCCAGAGGCGCCCGUGGCGCCCAUUGCGCCCAGCGCGCCCUCCGCGCCCUCUGCUGCGCCCUUUGAUCCCGGGUCCCCGGUGGCGCCCCCGGGGCUUCCAUACGAAGGUGGCUUCCGCACGCCAGUAGGCUUUGGGCCACUCGUGAACGACGAUGUCCGCGCGCCCAUGCGCACUGGCUUCCACGAGACGUUGCUGACAGACAAUGCCGCGGAGCAGGCACGCCAAGAUGCAGCCCGCGAGAAGUGGAGGCAGCAGGAAGAGGCGCGGAGGAUCGCCGCAGAGGAGAGGGCGAGACAGGCGGCGGAAGAGCUCCACAAGAAGAACAUGGCGCGGCAAGCCGAAGAGCAGCGCCUGGCGCUGGAGAAGGAGGCGCUGGAGCGGAAGAAGCAGAAGCUGCAGCAGGAGGACAAGACUGCAAAGGCAUCAAGGGAUGAUGACAGCGACGAGGACUGGGACGACAUUCCGAUUGGACAAUCCAUGCUGUUGUCGGACCUCUCCGCCCAGCUCGCUGGCAAAGACCCAGCGCCGCCACCACCCGCACCUCCGAGGGACGAGGAGGAAGAGGAGUUCGAUGUUCCUCCAGCUCCUGCCGUGCCGCUGGGCGACUUAGCUAGCGAAGCCCCGCCGGUGCCACCAGUGCCUGCACCGCCACCAGAGGUGGAACCAGCGCCAGAGGUGCCGGAAGCCCCGGCAGUGCAGUCGGAGCCGGAGCCGGCCAAGAAGGUGGAAGAUCCUGUGAUCCUGUCGCUGCGGGAGCUCAGGAAGAAGUACCGCGAGGCGCAGCCUGCCGAGCUGGCAGCCUGCCUCAGGACACUGAGCCAAUGCGUUGGCAGAGUGCUCAGCGACCCGCAGGAGCCGAAGUACCAGCGCAUCAAUCAUGAGAAGUUCAGGACCCGCGUUGGCCUAGAAGGCGCCGUCGCCGUGCUUGAGGCGAUCGGCUUCCUCCAGGAAGGCGAGUUCCUCGUGAUGGAGGCGGACUAUGCCAGGACGCAGGGCCUUCGCUUGCGCGAUGCGAAGGCUAAGAUGGAAGUCUUGCUCAGUGACUUGGAGAGAGCUGGCUUUUGA